AGAGUUCCUAAAAUAGACCCGACUUCUUUGUGGGAAAGGGUAACAAACCGAGCGGAGUCGCCAGCGGUUCGAGCUCGCUGCUGUUGAAAGCAACAUUUUCAUGGACGUGCAACAGAGUCAUGGAGCCUUUCUCACAGGUGUUAUUCCCACAAAAGAAGCUGGAAAUACAGAAACAAGAGGCCGAUGCCACAGUCUACAUGAAUUUCAUGAAAAGUCACUGCUGCUAUGAUGCCAUUCCAACCAGCUGUAAACUGGUCAUAUUUGAUACCACACUACAAGUGAAAAAGGCCUUUUUUGCACUGGUGGCAAAUGGCUUGAGGGCUGCGCCUUUAUGGGACAACAAGUUGCAGAGAUUUGUGGGUAUGCUGACUAUUACUGAUUUCAUCAACAUCCUCCAUUGCUACUACAAGUCUCCUAUGGUUCAAAUGUAUGAGCUGGAAAGCCACAAGAUCGAGACAUGGAGAGGUGACUCAUUUCAAAAUGUCUACUUACAGUGUUCCAAUCACUUCCUCAUUAGUAUCUCUCCGGAGGCGAGCCUCUUUGAUGCCAUCUAUUCUUUACUCAAACACAAGAUCCACCGGCUGCCAGUAAUCGAUCCCGAAUCUGGAAAUGUCUUGCACAUUCUGACCCACAAAAGAAUCCUCAAGUUCCUCCAUAUAUUUGGGAAGAAGUUUCCCAAGCCUGCGUUCAUUGGAAAGAAGAUCCAGGAGCUCGGGAUCGGAACCUUCAGGAACAUCGCCACAGUUCAGCAAACAGCAACACUUCACGAAGCCCUCUCCAUUUUUGUGGAAAGACGAGUGUCUGCGCUGCCUGUGGUGGACAAACAAGGCAAGGUGGUGUCACUCUACUCAAGAUUUGAUGUGAUUAAUCUAGCAGCCCAGAAGACUUACAACAAUCUGGACAUCACUAUGCAGGAGGCCGUUCGCAGACGCACGUGUUUUGUUGAGGGGGUAAUCAAGUGCUAUCCCGAUGAAACCUUGGAAACCAUCAUAGACCGUAUCGUCAAAGCUGAGGUCCAUCGGCUGGUCCUGGUGGACAGGGCUGACAUGGUGAGGGGCAUCAUCUCUCUGUCUGACCUGCUGCAGGCCCUGGUCUUAACCCCUGCAGGUAUUGAUGCCCUUUUGUCUUAGCACCAGGGGAUAGAGGGUCCCCUUCCCUCCUUUACCACCGGUGUAGGCUUGGGUCCUGGUCAUGUUCCCAGCCAGGAAUAAUCUUGUAAGUGAAGUGAGAGAUCGCAAGAGAGGAAGAAGAAUUCCGUAGCUGUGCUGCUGUUUAAGUUAACAUGUCUUCUGUUAUCUAUAUGCUGCAUUCAUGUAACAAUAAUGGACAGUGAGAGCGUACUGAUACUGUAUUCAAUCUCCAUAGUCCUCCAGCAGAGUGUCCAUACUGGCUGCAUUUGAUCAGCCAGAUCAUUAUAUGUAUACUCAUUCUGUAUAUUUCUGUAAUAUACAUUUGUAUUAAAACUUGGUGGUGUUUUCACUGUAUAUUUCCUGAAGAUAAACAGUAUUUGGACUAUGGUUUAAGUGCGCAAGAAGUGUUUACACAAUAUGAGAAAAAAAUUAAAGACUCAUGAAUGUAUGUAUACAAUCUAAAUGAUUACUAAUAGCAGAUGCAGUAUACACAACCACAUGGUGGAACACUUGAGCUUUAACCCCAUUCUCUCCACAGAGUAAACAAGGAAGCACGUGACUUUUUUCUUUUUCUUUUUUUUUUUUUUUCUCAGCCGUGACGGGCCAUGGGAUCAUGUCCGCCCAUCUGUGUCAUUGGUGCGUCAAGUUACCAGAAAUUUUCAAGAAUUAGGCCGGAAAUAUAAAUAGCCUUCAAAGUAAAAUGAUAAUAAAUUACAUGCUUGGCUGUAAUUUAUUUUUUUUUAAAUGAAGCAAUCACGCAUAAUUAAUUUUGAUUGACGCGGAUUAUUAUGAUUUUAUUUGUGAAACAUUCGGUAUAGGUUCCUGUAUUAGUCUGUAUACUAUGAGCAGCUCUCUGUUUUAUAAACUAUGCUGGUGUAAUCAAUGUAAUUAACUAUGAACGUAUAUGCUCAUGCAUGCCAUAAACCGAGUUAUCUUUUACCAAAACAUAUUUUCUUUUCAUUUUCACUGUGGUACUGGUACGUGUUGAAUUUCUUGCCAAAUAUGCUUUAACAAUUAAUUCUGUCACAAAUUCACAGUUUCAGCGAUUUAUAUGUAUUUUAUACUGAGAGUUCCAUAACUGUGACUCGAUUUAAAGCAAAUAAAUUAUAUUCAUCAUU